AUGCAGUCGGUGAAGAGCUUCCUCUGGGGCCCCACUCCCGAGGAGCAGAAAAGAAAAUGUAACACUCUGAUGCGCCAACAGUCACGCCAGCUUGAUCGCGAGAUCAUGAAGUUGAAGCAACUCGAAGCCAAGACCAAAACCUUCAUCACCCAAGCCGCCAGACGCGCCCAACGUAAUCCAUCGCAAGCGAAAUUCGCCGCCCAGGAAACUCGUACCUUUGCGCGCGAGCUCAUCAGGGCGCGCAAGCAGACGGCAAGAUUAAUUACCAGUCAGGCGCAGCUACAGAGCGUGGGCAUGCAGAUCAACGAGGCCUUUCAAAUGCGCAAGAUCCAGGGAAGCAUUCAAGCGAGUGUAGGAAUCAUGAAGGACGUCAAUACGCUGGUGCGCUUGCCUGAAUUGACAGGCACAAUGCGAGAGCUCAGUCAAGAGUUAAUGAAGGCUGGUAUAAUUGAAGAGAUGGUGGGCGACAGUCUGCCUGACAAUGAGCUCUUGGAAGAUGAGGACGAAGAGGCAGAGAGCGAGGUGGACAAGGUCCUCAGCGAAGUACUCAAGGACAAGUUGCCCGCAGACGCACAACCUAUGGAUCUCCCACCUGUUUCAGCAGCAGAACCCGAAGAGGAAGAAGAUCAGGAAGAGCUGCUUGCUCAAAUGAGAGGGCGCCUCGAAGCACUGAAGAGUUAG